ACAGCGUCACAUCUGAUUAAACAUGCACAAGACGCGCGGUUGGCUGCGAAGGCCUGCGGACGAGCAGGUCUGAGCACUGCUCUGGACAUCUCCCCUAAACGUCGAAAGAACGACCACUGGCAGAAUGCCGUCUCACAUUACUACCGAGGACAUACCCGAUCCAUGGUUAUUGACAAUCUUUCGUACUGAGGGCCUGUCAUUCACUCCUCCAGAAAAGUCGUGGCGACCGGUCGUCUGUCUGGACGUAGAUGGGGUUCAGUCACAUGAAUUGACACUGGGCCGAGAUGGCCAAAAUCCGAAUACGAAGACCCCUUUUAGACUGCAUAAUGUCAACCACCAUAGCAAGCUUGACAUUCGUAUUCUGUAUAAAUCGCAUAAGCGCAGGAAGAAACAACAGCAUCUCAUAGCCUCGGAGUCCGUUUUACUCGGCGGGCUAGCUGAAGAAACAAGCCCCAAAAUCGAUGUGCCUCUCUCGUGCACGAUUCCCUGGAGCCCAACGAUCAGAUUUGUUGGGGGCCGGCAGCAGCGUCACGUUAGUCUUAUCGUCACUUUGCGUGCACCUACGUCUCCGUUUCCCAUCUCUCCCGUGAAGGAGGUAUAGCCGUCAGAGUCUGACGAUGGCACUUCAAUAGAACUAACAUCUCUAAUAGGUGCUUCAGACAACGUGGGCGAUGGGCUCUCACCGGAACAGUUGCAUCACCCUCCAGUGAAUGGUGACAAGAGUGGGAACCGACGACUACGUCGCCUACGUAGGCGAGACCGACGACUACGUGGCUGUGACGUCGAUGCCAACGCAGAAGAUGUUGCGGCUGUCUCCGAAUAUCCCGCGCUGGACAUAACCCCCGACUCUGAGCAUGAAGUGUAGAGACAAUCACUCUUUGUCCCUCCGUA